CGACCCAACUUCCCCGGUGUUUGUUUUGUUUGCACCUUCACUCCGUGAUCUUCGGGGAGUUGACGGACAACAUCAACAACCGUUCAAGACACAACUCACCAUUGGCCCCCUUGAAAUAAAAAGAAUGACUCUUGAAAGUGACGCCGUGGCAAGCGCAACAAUUGAACUCCUCGAAUCGCGUCUCCGCCGCCUCUCAUACCUCCUCACCGGCGACUCCCACUGGACCGGCGAACCCUCACUACCCUUAAAGCCCGAUAACCUCGACGAAACUGUCUCGCGCCGUCUUUUCCGCCUCGAAAAGAACCUCGAGAGGCUCAGCAGGAACAUUCCAGCCAUAUACGAUGUAAUCCAACUGCACGACCGCUUCCCCGACCUCUUUCACACCACACCCCCAGACACCCUCCCCGAAACCCUAACAACCCAAAACCUCGCCUCAAUCGUCCUCUCCUACGCCUCCGCCUUCCCCGAAACCGCCUCCCGCCUCACAUCCCUCAACGACCUCCCCAUCCCCGACGCUUCGACAUCCGCCGCGUUAAUCCAGCUACAACCGCAGAUCGAUCGUGUGUCGAAGGGCCAGGAUGAACAGGCGAAGGUUAUAUCGGAGCUGAGAGUUAGGACUGCGAAGGCAUUGCAGAGGUGGUAUGAAGUUGGGCUUCUGGGGAGUGGGGAGUGUUGGGCUGAGUGGGAGGGGAGACUGGUGGAUGUGGAGAGGGAGGUUCGGAGGGGGGAGGUUGGGAGGGUGAGGAGGGAGAAGGAGAUUUGAUUUUUGACUAUGGGGGAGUGUCUUUUUAUCAGUUGUGUAUGGAGUUUGGAUACCCGGUUUGUUGUCUUUACAAAGUACAAGUAUAUUUCUGAGGAACGGAGAAAUAAAAAUAAUGCUCCGAGCUGGAC